UUCUUUUAGGACUAGUAUCUUGUGAUGAAGUCUGUAUUCAUUCAGAGCUUCAGUUAUGCUACAUUGAAAUUUCAAACAGUGAAGAAUUUCUGGAGUUUUGCGAUUUGGGAAGCACAUUAGUGCAGUGUCUUGGAGCUGCAGCUGAGAAAUGCAACAUGGAGCAAGAUUCAAAUGUGAACGACUUCACUGAAGCCAUAAAAGAGGUCUGCAAGGAAGGUUCCAAAACAAAUGAAAAGUUCACUGAGUUCAAGGCUUGCUUUAAAGAGGGCAGUAUUGCUUCUAAUGAAUGCCAACAAACCAAUUUGGAUCUGGUGAAAGAUGCAGGCCUAGACCCAGAGAAGAUGAUAUAUAGUACAAUUGAAGUGUGCAGGAGAUUUGACAGCAUAGUGUUAUGUGUUGAGAACCACAUCAAAAACGCUUGCACAGUAGAUGGAAAGAACUUUUUAAGCAAGUUUUAUAAGCCUGUAUUCAACAUAGAAAAGAACUAUUGUACUAAACUAUUAGGCAAUAGAGAUUUUAGCUUUCAGGCAACAGCAUGGAUUUUCAGAUACGUAGCAUUGAUACUGUUAUUUUUCUUGUUAUUGUUUUUCUGCUAUAAUCGGAGAUUGAUUCAAUCAGCCUCUAGCUCUAAAUACAGCAAUCUUUCUGGACUUAAGAUAAAGCCAUCCUCUAUCGGCUCCCAACGAACAUUUUCCUCACUUUGUUAGGGAAAAUACAAAAAUUUGAAAAAUUAUGGGAUGAUUUUGGAUCCUCUUAAAAGCUAUAGGCCUCUUGUUUGGGCCCUUGUGGAUCGACGCAAUAAUUUGAGUGUAACCAGAGCUGGAGAAUGUGAAAAAUGUUUCUGUUUGUAAUUUAGAUUUUUCUUAAUAAAAUGUAGCAUAUCAAAUGUAUAUGUCUAAGAAUUAUCAUGUCUGUGAAAUGCUAUGUAUAUCAAAUACCAUGUCUAUAAAGAACUUAUUUACUUUUUCUUCGGUAUAUUGUGGUAUGUUUGAGAUUUGUACUUGUUUGCACAACACAACAACAUUUUGCACGUGAAUAUGACUCUUACGAGUAAUACAUGGCAUUUCAUUAAAUUACAGCUUAUGCGUUUGGAACGCCUUGUUUAAUUUCUAAUAUUAAAAGCUUAUUUUUAUGAA